AUGCACAUUGGUGUCGCUUUCAUUCUGCAAGCCUCCCUGGUCCUCUCGGCGCCAAACCUUGAGGACCUCAAAGCCUGCCUUCGGACCGCCUCCGUCCCCAUCGCCUCUUCACUUCCAACCGCUUACAACCUCCGUCUUCCUUACAAACCCCUCGUCGUCGCCAUCCCUACCACAGUCUCACAAAUCUCUUCUGCAGUAACCUGCGGCGCCAAAAAUGGCGUCAGUGUGAGUGCCAAGAGUGGUGGUCACAGUUACACUGCCUCUAGUUUCGGUAGUGAAGAUGGCCAAUUGGUGAUCAACCUAGACCGAAUGUAUGCGGUCACUGUCGCAAGUGAUGGAACUGCCAAAGUUCAAGCUGGUGCGCGUUUAGGGCAUGUUGCGACGCAAUUAUAUGCUCAAGGCAAAAGGGCUAUUUCUCAUGGCACUUGUCCAGCCUGCCGCAGUGUGGGUGUCGGUGGCCACGCUCUGCAUGGAGGACAUGGCAUGGUAUCUCGAAAAUACGGCCUUGCCACGGACUGGAUCAGAGGCGCAACUGUUGUGCUUGCAAAUGGUACCAUCACGCGCUGCUCAGCAACUGAGCGACCCAACCUUUUCUGGUCGAUUCGCGGAGCAGGUUCAUCGAUGGUAAUCGUAGCCGAAUUCGAGUUCAACACGUUUGCCGCCCCUGAGAAAAUGACCUAUUUCGACAUUGACCUAACCUGGGAUGCCAAAAAAGCGCCUCAGGUUCUGUUGGAUGCCCAAGAAUUCGCAAAGAGCAUGCCAGCGGAGUUGACCAUGGCAGUCACAUUCAACAAUGACGGGUAUUAUCUGAACGGAGCUUACGUCGGUGAAGACGCAGCAUUUCGAACGGCUAUCCAACCUCUUCUUACCAAAUUAGGCGUGAAGGUUUCAAGCUCGAAGACGGUUGGGUGGAUUGACUUCAUCAAGCACUACGCGGGUGUUGCGGAGAUUGACAUUACUACUCCGACUUACAACGAGGAAAACUUUUACGCCUCAAGCAUCGCCACGCCUGCCCUCACCAAAGCCCACUUUGAAUCACUCGUCGCAGCAGUGGCCAAGACUGGAUUCAGUACGACACGGUCCUGGUUCAUGCACAUGAACUUACAUGGAGGAAGUGACUCGGCCAUCACACGCCCGAAGCCUGCCGACACUGCCUACGUCCACAGGGACAAGAUGCUUCUAUUCCAGCUCAAGGACAGCGUCUCGCAAAGCCAGCAGUAUCCCAAAGAUGGGUUUUCGUUGCUUCAGGGCUUUAGGCAAAGCAUCAGCAAAAGUCUGGGUAGCAACGCGUGGGGAAUGUAUGUGAAUUAUCCCGAUUCUGAGAUCAGUGGCACUGAUGCACCAAACCUAUACUGGGGAAGUAAUUUGAAUAGGUUGGAGUGGGUCAAAGAAGACUAUGAUCCAAACAAUUUGUUUAGGAACACCCAGUCUAUUAAACCUGCAGAGUAG